CUGGUAUUUUACAAUUACAACAAACAUUCCAAUCAUCAUCAGCAUCACAAUAUUUUGUUAGUGUAACAGCAAGUGAUGAUGGUACAUCAUGUUUACCAGCACGUUCAGCAUGUCCAAGAUUUUCAACAUCAACUAUAAUAACAAUUAAUGUUACAGCUGUUAAUAAACGAUCACCACAAUUUUUAAAUCAAAAAUGUGGUUCAACUGUUUCAUUUUAUGAAAGUAAUGCAAUUGGUGCUAAUAUAACAACAUUAACGGUAUUUGAUGAUGAUCGAGGUGAAGAUGGACAAAUAGCAAUAUCAUUUCCAUCGGAACAAUCAAGAACGACAGUGAGUGAUUUAAGAAAUACAGCUUAUUCACAAUUUUAUAUACAACAAUUACCACAAACGGGUACAACUCGAACAGCUGUAUUACGAACAAAUAUAUCAUUUGAUUAUGAUGCACCAGGUGCUACACGUGUUUGGUAUUUGAUCGUAUUAGCUACUGAUAAUGGUACACCACAACGACAAUCGUUCUGUAGUUUACGUAUUAAUUUACUUGAUUUAAAUGAUAAUCCACCAGUAUUUAUAAUGACAUCAUGGAAUUAUACAAUAUAUCGUUCAGCAUUUGGAAAUUCAAAUAAUGCACGUUUUUUACGUAUAAUUGCAUC